UGAUUUAGUUGGAAGAGCGACAGCUAGGUGGACCAAUGAAUUAUCAGAUCUCCCUUUCAUUUGCGGUCAUAUCCAAUCAGAGAUCUACUUCCGGGUUCAGAGGCGGUGCAUCUGACACAGAGUCCAAUAGACACUUCAAUGGGGAGGAGAGGCGGGACUUAGACCUUCAGACCCGGAAGAGCGGCGGGCGCUGCUAGGGUCGAAGAGAUGGCGGUCCUGGCUCCUCUGAUUGCUCUUAUAUAUUCGGUCCCGCGACUCUCACGAUGGCUGGCUCGACCUUACUUCCUUCUGUCAGCCCUGCUUUCUGCCUCCUUCCUCCUCGUGAGAAAGGUGCCUCCGCUGUGCAGCAACCUCCCCACGCAACGCGAAGAUGGCAACCCGUGUGACUUUGACUGGAGAGAAGUAGAGAUCCUGAUGUUUCUCAGCGCCAUUGUGAUGAUGAAGAACCGCAGAGCCAUCACCGUGGACCAACACGUAGGCAACAUCUUCAUGUUCAGUAAGGUGGCCAACGCCAUUCUGUUCUUCCGUCUGGAUAUCCGCAUGGGCCUGCUCUACAUUACUCUCUGCAUAGUGUUCCUGAUGACAUGCAAGCCCCCGCUGUACAUGGGCCCUGAGUACAUCAAGUACUUCAAUGAUAAGACCAUCGAUGAGGAGCUGGAGCAGGACAAGAGGGUCACUUGGAUUAUAGAGUUCUUCACCAACUGGUCUAACGACUGCCAGUCAUUUGCUCCUAUCUACUCAGACCUCUCACUCAAGUACAACUGUAAAGGGCUGAAUUUUGGGAAGGUAGACGUUGGACGGUACACUGAUGUCAGUACUCGGUACAAGGUGAGCACAUCACCUCUCAGCAAGCAGCUUCCGACCCUGAUCCUCUUCCAGGGUGGCAAGGAGGUCAUGCGGCGGCCACAGAUUGACAAGAAGGGUCGAGCGGUCUCCUGGACUUUCUCUGAGGAGAAUGUGAUUCGAGAAUUCAAUUUGAAUGAACUGUACCAACGCGCCAAGAAGUUCUCCAAGGCUGGAGCUACUAUCCCGGAGGAAGAGCUUGUGUCAGAUGGGGAAAGCAAGAAAGACAAAUAAGACCGUGCCUGGCCACUGUUGCCUCCCAUCAAUCCUAGGCACUUUUGAGGCCCUGCGCCUUCUGUAACCACAAACCCACCUGAGGCCUUGGCAUUUUAUUUAUGUUUCCCCCGUUUGGCUGUGCCUGGGUGGGGGUAGGAUGCUGCUUCUUAUUUUAAAGGGGCACCCAGGAAUUGUGAAAGCACCCUCUGGGGAAGACCUCUCUACUGCUGUGACCAACUAUUCUGCUUCAGGAAGGGAGAAGAUACCUUUAAGUGAUGGAGGAGAAACUGCUUUCCCUUCUGACUUGAGUCAGCAUGUCAGCUAGGCCCCAACACUUACGCACCUCCUCUGCUCUGCGGUUUCAUGACUCUUAGUGGCCAUACAAUACCUAACUACAUUUGAAGAAAACCUAACAGCAAACGCAGAGUUCAGGAUAAGGAUUUCCACUCAUGGACCCUUGCUUCUUUAGGACCUUCUGGCUUGGUCUGUGACCUUUAUUAGAAAAUAUGAGCCUAACCCAGGUUCCAGGAAGAAACAAGAGAAACCUUCUUACUAAAGAUAGUACUGAAUAAUGGAGAUAGGGAGGAAAGGGGCUAAAGAUUUGAUAACUUAUCUGUGUGGAGGCACUAGGAGGUGAGAAACCCUGUGCCCCAAUGGAGUUCCAGCCACCCACCCACCUCCCCACACCCAGUUGACUUUUUUCCAUAAUAAAGACACUGGGUUUCCUUUUGA